AUGCAGAUGGAUCCUGCGAUCUCAAGUGACCGGAAUCCUUCAGAUUCUUUACAAACUGAUUCAAAUGACCCAAGGUCAACGGAGGAUACGUUUGUUGAUUGUCCAGAUGAGAUAGAGAACUCUGAAUCCAAUCAGACCUCCGAAGAGAAGAAUGGGGAUGAUGUGCAGAAUGACCAAUACGUUGUUGUUGAUGAUGGUGAUGAUGAAGCUGACAGUGGGAUCAAACUCCCAGAAUCGAUUGCUGAGAAUGAAGUGUUGCUAAACAAGCUUCACAGAAGUGCUUUUGAGAAUGAAAGAUUGGCCCGCGAAAAUGAGGAGGAAGAAAAAGUUAGAGAACUCCAAUCGAUUUUAUAUACGAAAGAUGAGGAAAUUGAUUUUCUUAAUGCAAAGAUUGAUGAGUUAACCAACUCAACCAAUUGUGGUCAGCCCGAUUCUCGGUUAUAUGAACUUCAGCUUGAGAAGGAUCAGCAAAUUGAAGAAAUCACAAAUAGAAUGUUGUCUUUGCUUACCACCAUGGGAUGCUAUCGAGAGGAGCUGUUGGAUGGAUCACUUGCCGAAAAGAUUUGUAGGGUUGAAAUGGCUCUCGAAUCUUUAGUUGAAAAGCAUAAUCGUUUUGUUUCUGAAAGUGAUCAACUGAAGGGUUGUCUGAAUGAGAUUGGGGUAGAUUUUGGUACGAUUGAUGAAAUUGGAGCUCUCAUUAUGGCACGCGAUAAAAUUUUUGAGCUGCGAAGAAAUGAAGAGGAACUAAACCAACGUCUACGAAAUUUAGGGGAUGAAAAUGGUAAUGUGGUUGAACAGCUUGAGAAAGAGAGAUCGACCCUUGAAAAUCUAAAUGCGGAAAUUGGAAGGCUUAGCUCAGAAGUUGAACAAGAGAGGAGCAGACAUGCUAACACAAAAGAGAAGCUUAGCCUUGCUGUGACAAAAGGAAAGGCAUUGGUACAGAAAAGAGAUUCAAUGAAGCAACUGUUGGCAGAAAAAACGAGCCAAAUAGAAAAAAUUUCACUUGAAUUACAAGAGAAGUCAAUUGCUCUUGAGGCUGCAGAGAAGACUAAGGAGUUGGUUGUGGCAGGUGAAAUACUUGCUGCAUCCUUACGGGAAUCUCUAGUGGAAAAGGACAUCGUACUUGAAAAAUGCCGAGAAAUAUUAUCUGAGAGUGUGCCAGAAAAGGAAUCCCAGCCUACCGAUAUUACCGACAAACUCAGAUGGCUCACGGACGAGAACAAAUCUCUAAGGGCUAUAUCUUUGCAAUGCGAUGAAUUAACUGAUGCAUUGAUGUCAUGUGACUUCCCAGAAACAGUAGCAUCAAGUGGGUUAGAUGUGCGUGUUCGUUGGCUUGCAGAAUCUUUUUCUCUAUUGAAGGAAGAAACAGUGAAGUUACGAUCUGAGGAAGAUAAAACGAAAGAAGCUGCAUAUCGAGAGAUUGAUCGCCUCACUACUUCACUUUCAGCUGAAGGGCUGGAGAGAGGUUAUCUUGAAGCUGAAUUAAUUGACUUGAGAAAAAAGAUUGAAGCACAUGAAAUGUUUCAACUUGAGUUGGCUGAAGAGAGGGAAGCUGUAAAUAAAGAGAUUGAACGCCUGCGGAUGGCACUCUUGGCAGAAUCACAAGAAAAGAGCAAUCUUCAAGCGGAUUUGGAGUACUUGAGACACAAACAUGAAGAAGUUGUUCGAAAGGAAUAUUCUGUUUCAUUGGAGAAAGAUAAAAUAGUCAAUAUGAUGAUUGAAGCAUCUGGACUUGCAUAUGGUGGUGGUGUGAGGGUUCAUGGGGAGGAAUCAGAAUCAGACCUGGCCACCAUUAUCGAUAAUUGCCUUUCAAAGAUUAAAGAAAAUAGCUGUCGCAUUGAACAGGCUCCAGUUGAUUGGGAAAAGUUUGAAAGCUUCAAGAGCCUUCUGUACAUCAGAGAACAGGAAAUGAGUCUAUAUAAGCUAAUUAUUGAGGAAGAUGUUAUAGUGGACAGACAGCAGGUGAGUCGUUUGUCGGAUGAGCUUGAAAUGAAGGUUCAAGAACUUAAUGCCCUAAAGGAUGAAAAUGCUUUUUCACAAAGAAGUAGAGAACAGUUAGAGGAUAGAUGUGCUUUACUCAAGGAGAAAUUGUCUAUGGCAGUUAAAAAGGGCAAGGGUCUUGUCCAAGAGAGGGAAAACUUGAAAAGUUCUCUAGAUGAAAAGAAAACUGAAAUUGAUAGGUUGAUGUCUGAACAGCAAGAAAUCUUAUCCAGAUAUAGUGAAUGCCAGGAUCAAAUCACUAAAUUGUCACUGGGCGUUGAGCGAAUUUCUGUACUGGAGGCAGACCUUUUUAGUGAAAAGGAACGUGGGGACCAACUCGAGCAAUUUUUGGCAGAGAGAAAUCGUGUGAUACAGAGAGUCAUGGAGUCAAUCGACGGCAUUCCUACUCCAACUGACGUCGCUUUUCAAGAUCCUGUAGAGAAGGUAAAAUGGGUUUGUGGACAUCUUAGUCAAGUCAAAUAUCUACAAAUGGAGGCAGAAAAAGAACUGCAAAAUGUAAGAGAUGAAGCUAGUUCUUUGGCCUGCAAGUUGUCUGAGGUUGGAAAGAGCAUGCAGUCAACUGAAGAUGCAUUGUCAGCUGCGGAAAGUAGCAGAUCUCAAAUCUUGGAUGAGAAGAAGGAACUUGAAGCUCAUAUAACAUUUCUGGAGGAGGAACUUCAGAGGGAAAAAGAGAGAUCCUCUUUCCAGGAAAACAAGUUUGAAGAGUUUUCUGCAGAUAAAGGAGCACUUGAAAAAGCUCUAUCACUGGCUGAGGACAAUAUUUCAAGGUUAAUAGAUGAGAGAAACAUUGCUGUAGAAAGCAGAACUCUUGCUGAAGAGCACCUACAGAAAAUGAAAGAGGAGUUUGCUAACCAAGUCACUAAGCUUGCAGAUGCCGAAAAAACUAUUCAAUCCCUUGAAGAUGCAUUGUUUGGGGCACAGAAGAGUAUGACACUGCUUUCUGUAGAAAACAGUCAGAGAGAUAUUUUCAGGGCUGAUUUCGACAAUGAGAUAAAGAAUCUGAGAGAAGAGGCUGAUCAACAGGCUAGAAAGCUUUCUGAAGCCUCAAUUACAAUCAAAUCUCUUGAGGAUGCACUAUCAAAUGCACAAAAUAACAUUGAAGAUCUCGCUCGGGAGAAAACAAUCGCCAAGGAGGAGAUUAUGGAACUUAAGGGUAAGUUAGAAUCCCGCACUGAAGAGUUAGCGGAAAUCCGUGAUAGGUUGGAGAAUGAGCUCUCUGGUCAGCUUAGCCGUCUUCACUUACUUCUUGAAGAUGAGACACUUCCAUCUUUGCUAGGACAGUGCUUUGAAAGAAAAUUUGAGAGCCUAAACAGCAUUGGUUUUCUACUUAAUGAAAUCGGAGACUGUUUCGUUGAAAUGGACUACGAUGUCCAGCAACAAAGCCUUUUGAUGGAGGGUGAUUCUCCUCUUUCAGAUAAUUUACCAUCUAUUUCUGGUACUACUUUCGACAUGGGAAUGUUAAAUGAUACGGUGAUGAAUGCUGCAGAUAAUGAGAGCCUAGUGUUUCGGAUUGAGAAGAUGACUGAUAGAUUUCAGCUGAAAAGCAAGAUAGUGGCUGAUAAAUUUGAUAGCUUAUCCACACUCAUGGAUGGAUCAAUUGCCGCUAUUGUGAGACGGUUUCGCUCAAUAAAUGACCAAAUUAUCAGUAUAAUAAAGCAUUCUCAAUUUCUCAAACAACAAGUGACGGACAUUUCAAAAGAAAUGCAGAGGAAGGAGGAGGUCGUUGCUUCACUGCAAAUGGAAAAUAGAACUUUGUUGUCUGCUUGUAAGGAUGCCAUUCAGGGAUUGGAGUUGAAUGCACGCAAAAAUUUGGAGGCUUUGAUAUCUAUCCAUGAUCAUGUGAAUUUGGAUGGCACAAUGUCCAUGGAUUUGGUAGCAGUUGGGGAUGAUAGAGUCGAAGAACUUGCUAAUGACCAUAUGAAGACGAAUGAGAGGCUAUUACUUGCGACGAGACAAAAUGAAGAUCUUAAUGAGCUGUUUCAGAAAUCAAUAAAGAAGUUGAUGAGCAUAACACAAGAUUUGCAGAAUGAGAGAAAAGAAAUUCAGCUAACUUGUGAUGAAGUCUUGGAAAAACGAGUUCGAGACGAAGAGAAAAUCGCCAAGAUGGAGGCUGAUCUGAGAGCACAACAUAACAUAUGUGUUGAUUUGACUUGUAAACUAGAUGAGUAUGAAGCAAAAGAGGAUGGAUGGAGGAAAAAAGAGAUGGAACUAUCCUCUUCAUUAACCAAAUUCCAUGGUAUUUUAUCCCUGAGUAGAAAAAAUUUUAAACUUUUUUCAUUUAUCAUGUAA